UUCUUACUAAAUUAAGAUAAUGUUAAUGUAAUAGUUGAUCUUUUCGGAGCAUAUCUAGCAAAGGUCAGUGGAAGCACAUUGUGCGCGUAAAUCUCACGGACUACACGUAUUUAAAAGCCAUCUACUUAGACGAUCCGAAAGAUGAUUAUAAGCAAUGUUGUUAAAGGGCUGUGUCGCGUUUCACAACAAGGCAUAGUAUCGACUUGCAGACGUGUACACAAUGGAAACGGUCGUUUUUACACUAAAAAGCACGAGUGGGUGAAGGUCGAUGCUGGUGUCGGUACUAUUGGAAUCUCAAAAUUUGCGCAGGAAUCACUUGGCGAGGUAGUAUUCGCGCAACUUCCAGAUGUAGGAAAAAACAUAAUUAGUGGAGAUGAGUGUGGUGCCUUAGAGAGUGUUAAAGCAGCUGGGGAGGUGUAUUCGCCUGUUUCUGGUAUCGUUACUGAAAAGAAUAGCGCUGUUGAAUCAAGUCCAGCUCUAAUCAACAAAUCUUGCUAUGAAGAAGGUUGGCUGUUCAGACUGAAGCUAAGCAAACCCGAAGAAGUGGAACAGUUAAUGGACCAAACCUCUUACGACACGUACCUCAAAGAUCUUCACUGAACAAACAUGUCAUAAUGUUAUAAAUAAUAUUAAAACUUAAGUACACUAGAUAGUAAACACGGUACAAAUGUUAAUAUAUUGUAGUAGCAUUAUAUUGAAAUUUACGUACUAACAUGUUAAAGAUGUCAAUAUAAUGCUACUACGUAUGCAUCAGAAUCAUACACCAUCGUGUAUGCUUCUCAACAUUAAUUCGAACCCCUAUACAAAUCGUAAUUUUAUUUCUGUGUGUAAUUAACAAUAAUUGGUUCAUUGAAUUAUUUACUCAGAUCAAAGUAUUGACGGAUUGUCAGGCAAAUUAAAUAUAAACUUCUAGUGCCAACGGAUUAAUAAUUAAAUACAUAUUACAUGUGCCCCAGUCAAUUUUGUAGCUGAAAAUAAACAUUUUAAAAAUA